AUGGGACGGCGGUCAAAGCAGGCUAUUCACACGGUGGAGAAGAACUUCCGUGCAAUGACGAGGAGGCAAGCACCGUUGGACGACAACGGUGGGCUCCCGUUGCCCUUCAGUGUGACGACAGACGCGGAGGCGGAGGCGGCGGCGGCGGCGCGCUACCCGUUCACGUACCGCGGGCCGAACAGCGGCGAGAAUCCAGUGCAACGCCUACACCGCGAGUUUAAAUCCCUUUCGAAGGAGGAGCGACAGCGGCUCGUGGAGGAGGAGGCUGCAGACACUGACCUCCUCGCCCGGACCGUGCACCUGCGUUUCCUCCCGACGGGUAUGCUGCAGGGCGAGUUGGCUGCGCUCUGCGCGGAGUGUGGGGAGUACCUGCGGGUGCGCAUUUGCGGCAACUCCACCAACGCACAGAACUGGAUAUACGGCUUCGUUGAGUUCGCCGACCGUCGCGGCGCGGAAAGGAUGCUGCGACGCAGCGGCAUGGAACUGCCGAAUGGUCCAGGAAAGCCACCACUGCGGCUGAAGUGCAACGCCGCUAAGCAAGCGAUUGUUGACCGCGUCUUCCAUGACGCCAACCCACCGACAAAGACGUCCUGCAUAUUUGGCUCCGGCAACUUCGCCUGCCGCACCCUGAAGGAGGCGGUCGAUAGCUACUACAACCUCAAGCGGAAGGAGGGCGGAGUGGCGCCCACGCAGGCGAAUGCACAGAAUUCUUCGCGCAGCAGCAACACAAACAAUACUACCGCCAGCCUCAACAAUGAGCUGAGCCACAGCAAUGGCACCUGGCACCCGCCGGCACCAAGGCACCACGCAAAACCACAAGAGAACUCUGCCUCCUCACUGUGUCCACCGACACAAACGGGGUACCAUUCCCACUCCGUCUCGAACUCCGAUGAAGAGCCUGCGGGCAUCACGCCACACGUGCAUGCCGCUGCCACGAACGUAAACGGCACUGUCGCCGGUGACAGCGCCCUCGCCCCGCCGCUCUACUCGCAGUUGUUUCAACCGAUGUCGAUGGACCAGCAACUGGGCUCCUCCAGUAAUCACGAUGGCCGCAGCGACGGCGCUACAUCACACGAAGAGAGGCUGAACCCACCGUUCGUUUCUCAGUUCCCAGUAGUUUCGUCUGGGUUUCAAACGUCGUUUUCUUCACUUCCACCCCCGCAGGACUCGAAGGUGGAGCGUGGGGUGGCGUUGGCGCGUGCUGCGAUGCACGGCGCUCGAGUGUUUGCCGCCACCGGGGAGCAAUUCUACGACGCGGUGGGUGCACUUCGGGCUCUGCUCAACGUGUUGGACGGUCACGGUUGCCACCCAGGCCGCCGAAUCGGCUUGGCGGGGGUCUCACACACGCUGGAGGAACACGGAGUGGUGUUAGGCGGGGGAGAAGCAGAGGCGACGCAACGCGUGGUGCAGCUGCGCCUCCUCGCCCACCUCCUGCUUUCUCUCCUUUUUCUUCAAAAGGGCAACAACGAGGAGUCGUUGUCGUCGAUUCACAGUGCUGUUUUGUGCUGCAACUCCAUACCUGUGAAGCGGCUUGGGCGAACAUUUUCCCAAACGGCUUCUGUGGUCCCUGCUGCCCCGGAUAAACCGCACACCGUGUGCGAGGCUGCAGCGAUGAAGGCCAAAGAUGAGGAGACGGAGGAGGAUGUGUUGCCAGUUGGCUUUGACGGGUCCGCCGUUGAGGAGACGUCCUGCACAUUCAACCCCAUUUCUCAGGCCUUUGAUUUCUUCGGCCACAUCGAUGUUAGCGGAGAGGAGGAGCAGGAACCCACCGCUCUGGGGGUCGCCAUGGAUGUUCCGCGGUUGGAUGAAUACGAGGUCCCGUUGGAGACGCUGCAGGCGCCUGAUGCGGAGAACCACACACACGACGUGCACCUUCAAUCCUACGUGCUGAACCUCCUCCUCACCAUUGGCCUCUCCACGGAGGUGGCGCACCCGGUGGUGACUCGCUGCGUCUACGUCCUUGCCGCGAAUCGCUCAAAGGAGGUGUUUGGCGCCACCCUGCCGGCGUUGGAGCAGACGCUGCUUGAAGGCGGUGUGCAUCGCCUUCGACCCGUUCUUUUUCCACAGUUGGAGGACCAAAACUUUCUGGAGACGUUCCUGCAAUCCCUUGGCGCAGGCGAGGCGGCGCCGGAGGAGGUGUUCUGGUCAACACUUCCACCACUUCACAUGGUGCGGUGUUUCCCGCUGCCCAGAGGCGACGCCUCAUGGCAGGUUGUGCAGCCGCCUACGCUCUGA